CUGUACGCAUUCAAACACGGCCAAAAACGAGUCCCGGAAGGAGCAAGACACGAUCCGGAUGCCUGGAUCAAAAACCUCUUUCCUAGUAGGAUAGCAAACACACACCGUCACAGAUACCUAAUUUAGAAGCAACAAAGAGAUGCUCUAAAACGAUAUAUAUACAUGGGAUCUGGUUAAACGACUCCCUCUUUGAAGCCCCUGAACCCUUGGAGUACUAGCGCUACUAUCGCAGAGCUCAUCAGCCGGGCCGGCCGCCUCUCGCCAUGGAGCGACGUGCCGACUCGAACGGCGACAUCAUCCUGGAGAUCGCGUCCUCUGGGUCCUCCUGGAACCGGCCGCCCGGCGGCGAAACCGAAGAGCCCGGGGAUGGCCAUAUAAGCGGCGCCGGCGGCGAAUUCGCCGCGCCUCGCCGGGAACUGAGCUUCAGCCAUGCCUACAGGACGGGGCACCGCAAACCUCAGGAGUUCACGGCGUGGCAGACGGCGGUGCUGGCGUUCCAGUCGCUGGGCAUCGUGUACGGGGACCUGGGGACGUCGCCGCUGUACGUGUUCCAGUCCAUCGUGCUGCCGGGCGCCGGGGAGACGGACUUCCUGGGCAUCCUCAGCCUCAUCCUCUGGACGCUCACGCUCAUGAGCCUCGUCAAGUACGUGCUCAUCGUGCUCCGCGCCGACGACCACGGCGAGGGCGGCACCUUCGCGCUCUACUCGCUGCUGCGCCAGCACGUCAGCUUCAAGGGCGGGGGCAUGGCGGCGCCGUCCCAGCUCGCCGCCAGGCUGCCCUCCGACCUAAACCUCAGGUUCCACAGCAAGAAGAAGGAGAAGAGGCCGUCCUGGAUGCACGGCUUCCUGGAACGCAGCGUCACGGCGCAGUCUUGCAUCACCAUCAUCGUGCUCCUCGGCACCUGCAUGGUCAUGGGCGACGGCGCCCUCACUCCGGCCAUCUCUGUUCUUUCGGCCGUUCAGGGGAUCCAGUCAAGAUCACCGAAGAUCGAACAGAAGCACGUGGUGAUGCUGACGGUGGUGAUCCUGCUGCUGCUGUUCCUGUUCCAGCAGCUGGGCACCAGCAAGGUGAGCUUCUCCUUCUCGCCGAUCAUGAUCGCCUGGUUCCUGUCCAUCUCCAUGAUCGGGCUCUACAACAUUGUCGUGCACUACCCGCCGGUCCUCAAAGCUGUCUCGCCGCACUACAUCUACUACUACUUCGCCCGGAACGGCAGGGUCGGCUGGGAGCAACUCGGGGCCAUCAUCCUCUGCAUUACCGGUGCUGAAGCUAUGUUUGCUGACUUGGGUCACUUCAACAAGGCGUCAAUUCAGUUGGCGUUCUCGACAUUGGUGUUCCCGUCAUUGAUCCUGGCAUAUUCCGGCCAAGCGGCGUACCUGAUCAAGAACCCGGGGGACCUGAGCACGGCGUUCUACAGCAGCAUCCCGGGGCCGCUGUUCUGGCCCAUGUUCGUGGUGUCGACGCUGGCGGCCAUCGUGGCGAGCCAGUCGCUCAUCUCGGCCAGCUUCUCCAUCAUCCGGCAGUCCAUCGCGCUCGGCUGCUUUCCGCGGGCCACCAUUCGGCACACCUCGGACCGGUACGAGGGCCAGGUGUACUGCCCGGAGGUCAACUACCUGCUCAUGGUGCUCUGCAUCCUCAUCACCGUCGGCUUCCAGGGGGGGCCGGAGAUCGGCCACGCCUUCGGGGUCGCCGUCAUCUGGGUCAUGCUCAUCACCACGGCGCUCAUGACGGUGGUCAUGGUGGUCAUCUGGGACGUGCGGCCCGUGUGGGCGGGGGCCUUCUUCCUGAGCUACCUCGCCAUCGAAGGCAUGUACAUGAGCUCGCUGAUGACGAAAGUGGCGCAGGGCGGCUGGGUGCCCUUCGCCAUCUCGGCCUUCUUCCUGGCGAUCACGCUGUCGUGGACCUACGGCAGGAAGAAGAAGAGCGAGUACGAGGCGUCCCACAUGAUCGCCGGCCCCGAGCUCGCCUCCAUCGUGGCCAGGUGCGCGCGCGUCCCCGGGGUGUGCUUCUUCUUCACGGACCUCAUGAACGGCGUGCCCCCCAUCGUGCGGCAUUACGCCGAACACACUGGGUGCCUCCGCGAGCUGCUGCUGUUCGUCACCGUCAGGACGCUGCACGUGAGGUCGGUGCUCCCCGAGGAGCGGUUCCUCCUGGCGCCGCCCGCGGCAGCGGCGGACGACGAGCCGCUGCCCGCGGGGGUGUACAGAUCCGUGGUGCAGUACGGGUACAUGGACAAGCAGGACUUGGAAGGGGACGAGCUCUUGGAGUCCGUGGUGGCCGCGCUCAGGGAGGCCGCCGGCGUCGGCGGCGACGAGGAAGCCGAGAUGAUGGAGCUCGCGCGGAGGAGAGGGGUCGGCAUCGUCAUCGGGAGGACCAUCCUGACGGCGGGCGAAGGGCUUGGCUGGUUCAAGAGGUUCGUCCUGGAGCUCUACCGGUUCCUGCAGAAGAACUUCAGGUCCAGCUGCUCAACACUGAAGAUCGAUUAUGCCAAGACACUGCAGGUUGGCAUGAAGUAUAAGAUCGAUUAGAUGGAAUUUGGCUUGUAUGUGUGAGUUAUUCUUCGGGUUGCCAAACUGUUUUUGACACUGAGUGAAUGAGUGCUAGAUCAUGCAUGAACAUUGAUCAGGAAUUUUGGAACAAAGUUAUACUACUGUAUUACGAAGUAUAUUUGAGUCAA